AUGUGGACAGAUUUGAAGAUUGUAUACGGUAAGCCCAGACACAGUCAGUCACAAGGAUCCGUGGAACGUGCAAAUCAAGACAUCGAAAAUAUGCUGAGUUCCUGGCUGGAAAACAACGAAAGAAACAAAUGGUCAGAGGGUCUUCGAUUUAUACAAUUCGCCAAAAACCGAGCUUACCAUUCUGGAAUCAAGUGCAGCCCGUAUGAAGCCAUGUUUGGGGUUUCUGCCAAAAUUGGUUUGAAAACAUCAUCACCGCCUAAUGAUGUUCUGAAAAUUAUUUCAACUGAAGAAGGUUUGGAAGAGUUGGUGGAACAAAUAGUAGGAAACCAGUCGAGUCCUGAUUGCGUAGAGCAUGAAGAAGCAGAAGUGGAUGAACUAAAUGAGCUUCUAUUAGAACAAAUUCCAGAACAACCAUCAGUGAAUGAGCCCAAUGUGAUUCCAGAAGAACCAGCUUCUAAUGAAAUUACAGAGAGACAAGAUUCUGUAGCAAUUAAACGGACACAUGCUAAGAAAGGUCUUGAAGAGCAAGCGAAGAAAAUGCUUAAAACAUCAAAUGUAAGAUUUCCCCCCGGAAAUGUAGGUGAUACGGUGAAAUUAAGAGUACCAGAUGUUGAAAGGGCACGAAGUGAUUAUGCCGAACGAUUCCCCGUUUUGUUGGACAUGUGCGAAGUCGAAGCUGUCUAA